AUGUCUGAUAGGAGUGGUUUGAAUCUAUCGCCUUCUCGAGUGUUGAACGGAUCUGAUCUAUUGCCAAGUGUUUGUGAGUGUGAGUGUGACUCGCCAUUAGGUGUCGUGGUACUAGCCGUGUUGCUUACCAUCGAGACUUUGCUGUGCUGCUACCUCGUGUACCCGUGGGUUAAAAAGCACUUGGCUGAAUGGAGGUCAGCGGUAAGACGAUCCUCGCAAAGCAAUACCACAGUCCCUAGAAGCCUCAACCCAGCCUUGCUCGCCAAAAUAGUGCAGUGUACCCGUGAGAGAAAUUUGACGAAUCCUAUAUAUCAAAUCAGAGGGAAAAUUCACAACCAUUCUCCAUCAGUUAAACUACCUCAUUCUAUUGUAAGAAAUUUCAGAGUGAUAUUUCAUCGUGCGAGGAAAAUUGACAAAAAUAUACCCGAGGAGGAAGGGGAGAGGUUUGAAGUUACUGAGGGGGGGAUCGGCCAGGAGCUGAUGUACGCCGAGCCGUACGAAGAGACUGCAGUUUGUGCGAAUGAGGAUGCAAGCAUUCCAACAGACAAAAUCAACCAUUAUUAUUAUAUUGGUGACAAAUCUGACCCGUCAAAGAUAUCAGUUCCCUCAGACGAGAGCCAUGGAGCAGAUGGUGCCGUUCGUGGAGCAUCAAGUCCAACACAGGUCAUGCUGGAGGGACGCAAAGAGGCAGGAGCCAGGGUCGAGGUCCAUUAUUACCAUACUUUAGAGCCCACUAAUGAAAAUACAAAAACAGACCAUAUGCGCAAGGCAUCACGGGUAUGCUCGAUCGAGGACCUGGAAAUGGAAGAGUUGUAA